AUGACCGAGGCCAAGACCGUGUCGAAGUACGCGGAGGAUAACGAGAAACUGGUACACUAUGGCGUGUACGGACGGUCCUUCACCCUGAAUCUCAAGCAGUGGACGCCCGCCUCAGUGAACGCGUUGGCCAAAUAUAGCCACUCAAUCCCAGCCGGCAACGCCACGAUCACAAUACACAGCCUUCGUUCCCCCAAGCCUAACGAGGAAUCGGUUUUCGGGGCACGGCAGGAUCACCACCUGAUAGAGAUCGUUUCUAUGACUUCCGAUCCGGCUCUCAAGGAUGAGACCGCCGCAUGGGGACAGAGCUUGAUGCGGGAACUGAGGGGGCAUGACGGGCAAACAUUCUCGACAAUCAAGUCACACGCUUAG